AUGAAGAUGCCGUCGGCUCUUAUCUUUAUUCUUCAGCAGUCAAAGCAACAAAUGACCUGUCAUUUCACUAUCCUGGGUUAUCAAUCUUUCUACUAUACCUCUGUUUAUGCUUCAAAUUUAAGUGCUGAAAGAAUAGACCUUUGGUGUAAUCUGAUUGAUGUCCGCCAUAGUCUGUCUCUUGAUGCUAGUAUGUGGAUUGUCUGUGGUGGUUUUAACCAGAUUAUUAAUCCAUUAGAGCUUGGCUCUACCAAUAAGCAGCCAGCUGACCCACGUGCUAAGAAACUGGACAGGCUCCUGGUCAACAACCCCUGUCUAUCUUCGUAUCCAGACAGUGUUGCUAGCUUUUUAACCCCAGAUUUCUCUGAUCAUGCUCCUUGUCUUCUUAACCUUGCUUCCCCUCUUCCCUUUCCUUUCAAAUUUCUCAAUAUUCUAGCUAAACAUCCCUCCUUCCUUCCCCUGAUUGAAACUGCAUGGAGUCUUGCUGGAAACACAUUUCCACACGGGAGUUUGAGUCAGUCUCGGGCCUGGCUAUCAGCAUCAGUAAAACAAGCUUCUUUUCCUAUGGCCUCCAACAACUUGAAAUUGAUUCAAUAA